AUGGUUGCAACCUUUUCACCGCACCGGGAUUCUGGUGGUACCCUACAUCUGUCUUCGCACUCAGGGAUUCACCAUGUUGAUGCUAGCUCUGCAAUCAGGCAGCUAAGGCGGUCGUUAUCGCGUUCGCCUUCGAAGAGCUCUAACUUCUUCCUUCACCCCCGCACUCAGUCACCAUCUAAAACCACCACUCCAUACAUUUCGUCUCCUCUGUCGCCCUCGAGGCGAUCUCAUCAUAACUUUGUGCUUUUUCCAUCUCAGCAAUCUCCUUUGGCUGUUCCAUAUCCACCAAGUGCGAAAAUUAGCCGACCGGCCAUGCGACGACGCACUUCACCGCGUAGCCCUGCGAAACGCGCUUUGACUUUGUCAACAGACAGUGGCAACGCGACUCCAACACAACCUAUCGCCAUGCCCCCAGGCGAAGAAAAUGAUCUAACUCUGGAUGACCUGAAUGAUCCUAUUGAAAGCACGACUCCAGAAAGUCCUUUUUUUCUCAACACACCAUCAGCGCCAAUAGCUGAAACUAGUUUUACACCGCGUCCCACUACGUCGCGUAUUGAAAAGCGACGAAGUGGCACAUUUGGUUCAUUCGCUACUGUCAGUCCCUUAAAACGAAGUGACGGUAUCAUGAAUCUGGACCAAGCCUCGCGAGGAAGCCCCUCUGCGAAACGACGGAGUGUGCAUACACCAACCUUUACGACCGAUUUCAGUAUUUUCGAUAAUGAUCAUGCUAGUGCGCCUGCAAGCCCAUCCACUCAUGAACUACCUGGCAGCGGAACUCCCAUUCAGCCUUUCAGUCCAUUUGCCACUAUUCCAAAGCGAUCAUCUUCACUUAGGCGAUCUACCUUGCAGCAGCGUCAGAGUGAUCGCCCUUUGUUUGGGCGACCACGUGCCGCUGGUGACAAUGAUGCACCACCUGGUACUCCCCUGGCUGUGCGACCGCGUAUGUCCUUUGAAAGCAGUCUUUUUGAUGCAAGUCAAGGUCAAGAAAACAUAUUCUCUCCCCGUCCACCUCCAGCUAGUCCUCUCUUCUCUCCUUCCGCCGUUCCUGCUCCAGUGGCCCCUACAUCAUUCACUACUCAACCUCCACGACCGGCUGCGCAUCCUCUUUCUCGCACAAUCACUCAGUCUUCUUCGGGCUCAAGUCUCGAUGACUCUCCCACUCAUGAGCCAGUUCACAAGCCUGAGCGAGCGCGACCGAUCUUUAACUUUUCUAAGUCGCUCCCUGCAGGUGCUACUCGGCCUGCGCCUGUGCGUCGCGUCACUCGGGAAGAGUCAACAUCCGGGGAAUCAUUUGCUACGCCUGAAAACUACAAGCUAGUAAAGCCUCUGCCAGCUGCAUUUAUGUCAACUGGCUUGAUCUCUAAGAAGAAUCGCAAUGCUGAGGAGCCUGCCGGAUUUAACAAGAAUAUGCCUGACACUCCAUGUAAGCGACCGGUGAAUUUGUUCACAUCUGGACUCAAUCCCCCGAUGGAUAAGGCUCGGCCUUUCGCAGAGACAGAGUCAGCUUCUCAAUCCCCAUUCAACCCACCUCACUCUGCCGUACGUCCAAAACCUGGGCCUUUCGCACGCGGCAUGGGCAUCUUUGGCAAUUCUUUCAACCGACCUGAGGCCUCCCGUCGAGGCAGCUUCGUGAGUGUAGAUGGAGAUGAUAUGCAAGCGUCACCAUCCUCGCGACAUGAUAGUCAGCCCUUGGCAGAUUCCGAUUUUCCUCCAACACCAACUAAACAAACAUUCCUUCCCUCCCGCACUUACCCUCCAGCCACCUCUCAGAUUGGUCCUCUCGAGCGCCUCUCAGAAAGCAGAGGCUCUGCCAGCUCUACGCCUUUGCGCGAGCGAUUCCUUCAAGCUUCACCCCACACUCCUCGUGACCAAUUCUUCCCACCAGAUCCCAGUGGUCUGUCUAUUUCUGUCCCCAACGAUCAUUCACUCCAUCCUGAUAAUGGCAGUCUGAAUCUGCCUGCUACCCCGACUGGACCUCGUGAUUCAUUACUUUCUAGCAAGCGACCCAGUCUCCAACUUAGUGGAUUCCACACUCCAGAUGUGGAUCCUAGUCUAACUACACGAUUUGACAAAGUUGAGCUUAUCGGUACUGGAGAAUUUUCUCAGGUCUACAGAGUUGCGCAACCCCAUGAUGCUUCCCUUCACUCAAUGUUCUCUCUGUCAUCGAGCGGUCCCAAGUCACCCACUACUCUGCCACAUCAGGUAUGGGCAGUCAAGAAGAGCAAGCACCCUUACCUGGGUCUUAAAGACCGUGAGCGCCGCAUCCGCGAAGUGGAUGUGCUCAAGACCCUUGUGAAUUGUGACCACAUUGUUUCUUUCAUGGACAGCUGGGAAGAUAACGGCCAUCUGUACAUCCAAACCGAGUUCUGUGAGGAGGGCAGUUUGGACGUAUUCCUGGCCCAGGCUGGCCUCAAGGCCCGACUCGACGAUUUUCGUAUUUGGAAGAUCCUCCUUGAAAUGACCUUGGGUUUGAAGCAAAUUCAUGAUGAAGGGUUCAUUCACCUGGAUUUGAAGCCUGCCAACAUUCUGGUGACAUUUGAAGGUGUUUUGAAGAUUGGUGACUUCGGUAUGGCUGCUCGUUGGCCCGCGGAGGAUGGUAUCGAAGGCGAGGGUGAUCGAGAGUACAUUGGUCCUGAAAUUCUUAUGGGCCGGUUCGAUAAACCUGCCGAUAUCUUCUCCCUGGGUCUAAUCAUCUUUGAAAUCGCUGGCAAUGUGGAACUGCCAGACAAUGGAGUAUCUUGGCAGAAGUUGCGAAACGGCGAUAUGAGCGAUGUUCCCAGUUUGACCUGGAGCUCUGAAACCAACAUUUUCCGCGAUGCCACCGGCAAUCCUCUUAUCGGUGGCUCUUCUUUCGAGGAGCUUUGCGCUUCUGACUUGGGUGACGAUGACUUUGGUGACGCUUUCCUCACCAGCCGCAAGCUCAAUGAAACCCAGCCAGACCAGACUCAGGUUGCCCGAAGUGGUGAACUUGUUGACCCACCGGUCUUUAUGGUCGACGCCAACCAUGCGCAAGCCUUGGACAAGAUUGUUCGCUGGAUGAUUUCACCAGAGCCCCUUGAUCGACCCACAGCCGAUGAUAUUCUGGGCACUUAUGGUGUCGAAUUUGUCAACCGACGUCGCCGUGCUGGAGCCACUGUGUUUGAGGGCAACUGGGGCCCUGCUGAUGAGAUUUUGGCUGAAGAUGCUGAAAUGAUCGAUGUGUAA